AAUUGAGUGCAUUUAUCGAUUGAGGGCGCUCUUCAAGGUUACCGGUACACGUGAAAGAUGGCAGACACGAGCGAGAAGCCGAGCAAGAGUCUGAAGCUGAGCAAGCAAUGAAAAGACACACAGCGCCUCCAAAUACAUGACAUAUGCCUCAAUCUGCUCAAACAGCCCCCACACGUAGCUUGCGUCAAGAGGCAGUCCCAUGUUGUACACAAGCUUGAAAUAUGGCGCCCACUUGUGCCGAGCUCUUGCCAGGCCUGGAUCACCCAAGCAAGUCCUAAAUUUGAUCGGGGUGCUGAAAUCAAAACGGGUGGCAGUCAACUGCUGUUGCCUGUUCAGCAGUGGGACAGACAGUGACAGUGAGUUGAAGAGGCGAGCCAAGGCCGCCAAGAAGGCAGAAGAGAAGGAGGAGAAAGCUCGUGCAGCAGCUGAGAAACAAGCUCAAGAUGGAGCCAAGGGUGGGGCUAAGAAACCUGCAGUGGAUGAGGAGUCACUGGAUCCUAGGGAAUACUUCAAGAUUCGUUCUCAGAUGAUCAGCAACUUGAAGGCGGCCAAUGAAUCUCCCUACCCACACAAGUUCUUUGUCACUAUCUCAUUGACUGAGUUCAUUGACAGAUAUAAUCACGUAGAAGCAGGCCAGAUAUUAGAUGGUGAUGCACACUCCAUCUCAGGUCGUGUGCAUGCAAAGAGAGCGUCCGGAGCCAAGUUGAUAUUCUACGAUCUCAGAGCGGAAGGCAAGAAGCUACAAGUCAUGUCUAAUGCCUCCAAAUUUUCAUCAGAAGAAGAAUUCUUCAAGGCAAAUGACAAGAUUCGUAGAGGAGACAUCAUCGGUGUCAGAGGUAACCCAGGUAAGACCAAGAAGGGUGAGCUAAGUAUCGUCCCAUCUGAGAUGACCCUUCUGUCUCCUUGUCUUCACAUGCUACCUCAUCUACACUUUGGUCUCAAGGAUAAGGAAACUCGUUUCAGACAGAGGUACUUGGAUCUGAUCAUGAAUGAAUACGUUCAGCAGAAGUUUGUUGUCCGAGCCAAGAUCAUUGCCUACGUCCGCAAGUUUCUGGAUGAUCUCGGCUUUCUAGAGGUGGAAACACCAAUGAUGAACAUGAUAGCAGGUGGUGCCACCGCCAAACCGUUUGUCACUCAUCAUAAUGAUCUGGACAUGGAUCUCUUCAUGAGAGUUGCUCCAGAGUUAUACCACAAGAUGCUGGUGGUUGGUGGCAUUCAACGCGUGUAUGAGAUCGGUCGCCAGUUUCGCAACGAGGGUAUUGAUCUUACCCAUAAUCCCGAGUUCACGACCUGUGAGUUCUACAUGGCUUACGCAGACUACAACGACCUCAUGGACAUCACAGAGAAAAUGCUGUCAGGUAUGGUCAAGUGUAUCACGGGUGGCUCCCUGAAGGUCACCUACCAUCCAGACGGCCCAGAGGGAGAGGCAAAGGAGAUUGACUUCACCCCUCCAUUCAGAAGAAUACACAUGAUAGAUGACCUGCAGAAAUUACUUCAGGUGGAUUUCCCCCCUAUGGAUCAGCUUGACAAGCCAGAGGCUCGCAAGUUCUUUGAUGACCUUUGUGUGAAGCAGGGAGUAGAGUGUUCUCCUCCAAGGACAGUAGCUCGACUCUUGGACAAGCUGGUUGGGGAAUUGCUAGAGGUGCAGUGCAUAAGCCCAACGUUCAUCAUCGACCACCCAGAAAUAAUGAGUCCUCUCUCUAAGUGGCACCGGACAAAGAAGGGAUUGACCGAACGCUUUGAGCUUUUUGUCAUGCAGAAGGAAAUCUGCAACGCCUACACAGAGUUGAACGACCCCUUGGUGCAACGCGAACGAUUUGCACUGCAGGCCAAGGACAAGGCAGCGGGCGAUGAUGAAGCCCAAAACAUUGAUGAGAAUUUCUGCGUGGCCUUGGAGUACGGUCUCCCGCCUACUGGUGGGUGGGGCUUGGGUAUCGACAGAUUGACAAUGUUCCUGACAGACUCCAAUAACAUCAAGGAGGUGUUGUUCUUCCCAGCGAUGAAGCCAGAGGAUCCCAAGCCAGCAGAAGAUCAGAAGGAAGCUUCUUAACAAUGACCUUUGACAUUGAGGUCAGAGGUUAUUCUCACUGAGGAAGGCUGACAUAUGAAGGAAGUGACCAAUUUGUACCGGUUGAGUAACGUUAUCCACAUCUGCCAUCUGGGAAGCAAUCUUCAUGAGAGGAUGAGGUUUGUCAGGAAUAGGAGGUAAAUCUCAAGGGUCUUGCUCUUUUCCACUUGUAUCACAUUUUUAGGAACGUUAAUUAAGACAGGGGUUUGGAUGCUAAUCUUGAUGCACAUUACAGUCGAGUCUCGUUAAUACAAACUCGUUCUGCCGUAGCCAAAUUGUUUGUUAUAUCAGAAUUUUGUAUUAAGAGGAACAUCAGUCCCAUUCAUUGUGCCCAUAAAUGCACGGUCGGGACUAAGGCUUUAUGUUUGUUAUAACCAGAAUUUUGUAUUAACAGAGUUUGUACAUGUACGAACGAGAUUCGACUGUAUAUAUCUGACAGUUUUAAAUUGUAACUAGGAUCAGGGACUGAUGUCCAGAACACCUAGCAGGUACAGAGUUUGGUUUGUAAACUUGAAAUUUAUUCCAGAAGGGUAUCUGAUAGUUGCAACGCAUAGCAUGGCAACGAAGCAAGCACACAGUUAUGUGUCUGUACUAGAUUCCUACCUCCGUUUUUUCCCUUUACAUGUAAUUAAGAAUGCUUUAUCGUACUUCACUUUACCAUACAAAAA